AAGCCUGCGUAUGUGGUUUUCUGGGUAAAUGUAAAAAAUUAAAGACUACUUUCCCAAUAAAGCUUAAUUGCUUACAAUCCGUUACGUAAUAUAAAAACAAUUAUAAAUGACAUGGUUAUGAAGCCAUGUUCCCAAUUAAACAAGAAAACGUUGAACAUCUGCAAUCGCAUAAUAUUAGAAUUUCUUCACUCAAUAAAUCGCCUGAAGACAACAUUAUGUCGCAGCCUCGCAAAGUCAUCCACCUGCCGAAGGUGAGGAUGCUGAGCCGCGGAAGUCCGUCCUCCAUCCGCAUCACUAACAUGAUGUCCAUCAAACCCCCGGACCCUGAACUCGUGAAGAAACAGGAAGAAGAACGACUUCGAACACAGUUACAACAAGAAAUCGUCUCCCGCUCGCGCACAUGUGCCCACAAGGCCUACGAAUGCCUCUUACCAGUGGUUGGCAGCAGAUCCUACUGCGCGAAGCACAUACUGGAUGACGUCACCGCCCCAUACAAGCAGUGCGCUCAUGUCACAUCCUCGGGCGCGAGGUGCAACGAACCUGCGCCCGUUGACAAGGAGCCUGGGUUGUGUUUCGAGCAUGCGCGCGCUGCUCUGAACGCCCGCCAGCGAAGCGCCGCCCCACCACCACCGGUCACCACCACGGAGACACUCCUAAAUCAAUUACAACAUUAUGUGCGUCCAGAACGCACCCGUACCACCUCGUGCGCGUCAUCGGUCUCCGUUGUUAGCGACCCGGCCGAUCAAGAGCAAGUGGCCACACACGCUGUCGACCCCUUCAAGGAAAUCGACGCGACAGCCGUGAACGCGGCGUUCUCAGCGUCGACGAUGGAGUGCGCUAGCGCCAGUGACAGCGAGUGCGACAGUGUGACACUCGGCUCAGGCGGCGACUGUCGCUGGCACGACCCCGACGACGUGGAGGAGGCUCCAACCGAAUCACGACCCCUGUGGCUUGCAGGUGUCUUCACCGCCGAGGAGGCUGUGUGUGAAGCGAAGAACGUGCUUAAGUCGCUGCAAUCCGCAUACGUACGGCAGAUGGGGCGAUUGCGCACGUUGCUGCAGACCGCCAGACUGCAGUAUGUGAGGUCGCUGCGGACUGAGAAGGAACAGUAUUGUAGUAUAAAUUCCCAAGCACGUAGCGGACCUCUGACGGUACGCGAACGUAGACAACUGCUUAAGCUUCGUGCGUACGCGGGCUACCAUCGCAAACAUGGCGUCGAAGCUGUGCUUGCGAGGAAGUUACACCAUAAGCGGGCUAAGGUGAACGACAUUUCGAACCGUCAAAUCCCCUCCCAGGGGCGGUGUACGUUUAUGGAGGGGGGAGUGCGGUGUUCCACUCACACCUUGCCGGCGACCAAGCAUUGUAUGAAGCACAUCCUACAGGAUAGACACCAGGUGCUAUUCACAGCGUGCGGCGACCUCCGCGGCAGUGACGCGUGCCGGGAGCCCAUUGCCAAGUUGCCGCUGCCGUCAAGCGCCUGCCGGUACCACACUGGCCCACCCGCCUAUACCACUUUCACUUUAAAGAAAGAAGACACAGGCAGUGACUCUGAGUCAAACACAAGUUCAGACCUCUCUCAAAAUGAGGUACAGUCUCCAGAGCUGAAGACGGAAGAUCUCGAGACGGACAACCUUGCAGUCGAGAUGAUCCCAGACCAAUGACACAUGGACUUCAGUCAUAUGGCAUAUGACGACUUCUGGAUAUAGUGUGACUAAGAAAAGUGACAAUGAAAUGUGACAGAAAAGAGAAAUGAAGUGUGACAGAAAAGUGACUAUGAAAUGUGAUAGAAAAGUUGCAAUUAAAUGUGACAGAAAAGUGACUAUGAAAUGUGAUAGAAAAGUGAUGAUGAAAUGCUACAGAAAAGUGACAUUUAAAAGUGUCUUAAUGUGGAUAAAUUACACCAAGAAAGGUAUAUUAUACUGAUUCCGAUAUCAGCUUAUUGUUAUAACACAAAAACAAUAUUAAUAAAAAUACAGAAGUAAUAUUUAAUUACUCGUAAUUAAAACUCAAUACCAAGAGCAUACUAGGAAUGGCCUGGGUCCUCCUAUUUUUAAUCUGUAUAAUGAAUAAGCACAGCAUUACUUGCAAUUAUUGUACUCUUUUUGUCUAUAAAAUCUUUCGUAAUAGAUUGUAAAUGCUGAAAAAAAAUACAUAUAGAAUGCUUAUAAUUUGACGGCCGAGUGGCGCAGUGGGCAGCGACCCUGCUUUCGGAGUCCAA